AUGACUGAGUUUAUUAAACCAUUACCCCCUGGACUUACACCCAAAGUAAAGAGAGUGAAGCAUGCAUUUGAAUCACAAGAUGCCAAAUACCCUCAAAAAGUUGGGCCUCCUAUACCAAGAAGGGAUGCUGCUCCUCCCCCAGUUUCAGAAUCUGGUAAUCAAGUAGGUGGUCCUGCUGAACAAGAGAAUGACAAUGAGGUGAAGGUGAAUGCAAGACAUACUUUAAAGGAGUUGUUGUUGUCAGGAUAUACACAUGCUGAUGUAGUGGCUGCUAUGAAAGAGGUUUAUGGAGAAGUUAAGGAAAAAAAGAUUGAAGAAAGAGAGGAUGAGGAAGAAGAAGUUGAAGAGAAAGAGGUUGAGGAACAAGAGAUUGAAGGCAGAGAGGCUGGGGAAGAAGAAGUUGAAGAGAGAGAGAGGUUAAGGAACAAGAGAUUGAAGAAAGAGAGACUGAGGCAGAAGAAGUUGAAGAGAGAGAGGUCGAAGAAGAAGAAGUUCAAGGCAGAGAGGUUGAGGAAGAAGAAGUUGAAGGCGAAGUGGUUGAGGAAGAAGGAGUGGAAGAGAGAGAGGUUGGAGCAAGAGUGA